GUCUGUUUUCUCACCAAUAGUGAAAAUUAACCCUUUGCUGGAUAUGGCAUCAGCAAGACCCCGGAGAGCAAAGAUUAAACCUAGAGAAGAGGCUGCACAUUUUACAUCCUUGUGCAAAGACAAGGAUGGAUUUGAUGUGAAGUUCAUAAAUUCCUUCAAAGGUCGAGGAGUGUUCAGCUGCCGACCCUUUCAAAACGGAGACUUCCUAAUUGAAUAUAAAGGGGAAGUCAUAACUAAAUCUGAACGUGAACACCGGCAACAAGUAUACCAUAAUGCACUUAAGGUUUUCAUGUUUGACUUUCGUAUAAAUGGAGAGUUAUGUGUUGAUGCUGCCAAAGAGGACAACUCCCUAGGGAGACUUGUCAACGAUGACCAUGUGAACCCGAACUGCAAAAUGAAAUUGAACAAAGUGGAUGGAAAGCCCCAUCUUUGUCUUUUUGCACUCAAAGACACCAGUCCCGGAGAAGAGAUAGCUUAUGACUACAGUGAUUCUGAUUGGCCAUGGAGAUGCAAGAUUUCCACUGAGGCAGAGACUCUGCAUGAAGAUGCUGCCAUGGCAUCUGAGUCCCACUAUGAUGACAUUCAACAGAUGAGUUAA